GUGUGACUAGAGGAAGGGUCUACCCCCAGCCCCACUGGCCACCAUGAAUACCUCAGCCCCACCUGCCGUCAGCCCCAACAUCACCGUCCUGGCGCCAGGAAAGGGUCCCUGGCAAGUGGCCUUCAUUGGGAUCACCACAGGCCUCCUGUCACUGGCCACAGUGACAGGCAACCUGCUGGUACUCAUCUCCUUCAAGGUCAACACGGAGCUCAAGACAGUCAACAACUACUUCCUGCUGAGCCUGGCCUGUGCCGACCUCAUCAUUGGCACCUUCUCCAUGAACCUCUACACCACAUACCUGCUCAUGGGCCACUGGGCUCUGGGCACACUAGCCUGCGACCUCUGGCUGGCCCUGGACUACGUGGCCAGCAACGCCUCCGUCAUGAACCUGCUGCUCAUCAGCUUUGACCGCUACUUCUCUGUGACCCGGCCCCUGAGCUACCGCGCCAAGCGCACACCCCGCCGGGCAGCCCUGAUGAUCGGCCUGGCCUGGCUGGUUUCCUUCGUCCUCUGGGCCCCAGCCAUCCUCUUCUGGCAGUACCUGGUAGGGGAGCGGACGGUGCUGGCCGGGCAGUGCUACAUCCAGUUCCUCUCCCAGCCCAUCAUCACCUUUGGCACAGCCAUGGCCGCCUUCUACCUCCCGGUCACGGUCAUGUGCACACUCUACUGGCGUAUCUACCGAGAGACAGAGAACCGGGCCCGGGAGCUGGCGGCCCUGCAGGGCUCCGAGACGCCAGGGAAGGGGGGCGGCAGCAGCAGCAGCUCAGAGCGGUCCCAGCCGGGGGCGGAGGGCUCACCAGAGACCCCUCCAGGGCGCUGCUGUCGCUGUUGCCGGGCCCCCAGGCUGCUGCAGGCCUACAGCUGGAAGGAGGAAGAGGAGGAGGACGAAGGCUCCAUGGAGUCUCUCACAUCCUCGGAGGGUGAGGAGCCUGGCUCCGAGGUGGUGAUCAAGAUGCCCAUGGUGGACCCCGAGGCACAGGCUCCCGCCAAGCAGCCGCCCCGGAGCUCCCCAAAUACAGUCAAGAGGCCGACCAGGAAAGGGCGUGAGCGAGCAGGCAAGAGCCAGAAGCCCCGCGGGAAGGAGCAACUGGCCAAGCGGAAGACCUUCUCGCUGGUCAAGGAGAAGAAGGCGGCGCGGACCCUGAGCGCCAUCCUGCUGGCCUUCAUCCUCACCUGGACACCAUACAACAUCAUGGUGCUGGUGUCCACUUUCUGCAAGGACUGUGUUCCCGAGACCCUGUGGGAGCUGGGCUACUGGCUGUGCUACGUCAACAGCACCAUCAACCCCAUGUGCUACGCACUCUGCAACAAAGCCUUCCGGGAUACCUUCCGCCUGCUGCUGCUCUGCCGCUGGGACAAGCGUCGCUGGCGCAAGAUCCCCAAGCGCCCCGGCUCUGUGCACCGCACCCCCUCCCGCCAAUGCUGAUGGCCCCCUCGCCUGCAUCCCUCCAUCCCAGUCCCCGGGAGACCCGGGGAGAAAGCAGGCAGGGGCUGUGACCUCAGACCCAGGGCCCUGGCCAGGCCUCACCAGGCUUCCCAGGCCCCUAGGUCCCCUUCCUGAACAGCCCAGAGAGAUCCUGCCAACUUUUCAAACUUUACUAUUCCCAGGCAGGGAGGGCAAGCUGGGGAACUGGUUUUUCUGUUCCCUGCUGGGUAGCAGAGGGCUCUUCACCUGGAAG